ACUAUCUUAAGCUGGUCUGAGCUGUUUUUUUUUCCUCAGCAGGGUGAUAAUCAGCAAUGAUUUUUAAGACUAUAACAAUUUCCCUUCACUUUCCAGUUAAAGUUUAACAAGUCAAAAUCUCCUAAUGUAGUUUUGUUGUAGUGUAUUUUGUUCAGAAAUACUGUGCCGGCCAAGUGCAGUGGAAUUCUAAACCCAUUUAAAAUAUACAGUAGUUUAAGAACUAAAUCAUUCUCUAUUACACAGCAAUCCUUUGUCGGUCUCUUGUAUUGUGGCACAGUUAAGCUACAACUGCAGGGAUUAAAUGGAAGCACAUGAUGAUUCAGCCCCGUGAUUUCUCAGAGUUGGGUCAAGUAUUCAGUCAUUUCCUUUUCUUUUGUUUCUUUCUCCUCCUGACACCGUAGCCCCCUUUACUCUCUUUCUUUCCCUCUUUCGCCCUCUUUCCACUCCGUGAUGGCAUCCCCCCGGCUGGAGACUUUCUGCUGUCUGAACCGAGACGCGGCGACAGAGUUUGUAGUCACCUUUCAGCCCGUCCUCUUCGGGGCUUUGACUCUGGGAAGCGCAGUUCUCAGCCUCUUGUUCGCUAUUUUACAAAUUCUGCCAAAACGCAAGAGCUACAGAAGACUGCAGUAUCCUCUGCCAAGGCCUGCGUCCUCCUCACGGAUAUUGUUCAUCAUCAGUAUAUGUGACAUACUGGGAUGUACAGGUAUCAUCAUAAGGUCAUCAGUCUGGCUGGGCCUGCCCAAUAUCAUCGACCACAUCUCUGUGGCCAACAGCACUGAUGUCUGGCCGGAGGUCUUUUGUGUUAGCAGUGCGGUGUGGAUCCAGUUGUUUUUCAGCGCCUCUUUUUGGUGGACCUUCUGUUAUGCUGUUGAUGUCUUCCUUGUGGUGAAAACAUCUGCAGGAAUCAGCACCAUUAUCCUCUACCACAUGAUUACAUGGGGUCUGGCUGUGCUGCUGUGUGUUGAAGGAGUGGCCAUGCUCUACUACCCAUCCAUCUCCACUUGCGAACAAGGCCUCCAGCAUGCUAUCCCUCACUACGUCACCACGUACGCACCGAUGCUGCUCGUCCUAACAGCCAACCCCAUCUUCUUUAACCGAACCUUAUCUGCAGUAACAUCUUUACUAAAAGGACGACAAGGAAUCUACACAGAAAAUGAGAGACGGCUGGCCAACGAGAUAAAAAUCCGGUUCUUUAAAAUAAUGCUGGUGUUCUUUAUUUGCUGGAUUCCCAACAUCAUUAAUGAGAGCCUCCUCUUUUACUUGGAGAUGCAGACAGACAUCAAUGACAGCAGUUUCAGGAAUAUCAGAAACGCAGCCCUCAUCACAUGGUUUAUCAUGGGGAUCCUGAACCCCAUGCAGGCUUUCCUCAACACCCUGGCUUUUCACGGCUGGACAGGCUUUGAUGUUGACCUCAGACUGAGCGGAAGGAGGGAGCUGCCCUGGGACUCAGUUUCUACUUCACUGACCAACACAGGCAGCCCUAACCCCAUGGUGGGAACUACUCUGCUGUACCAGAGUCACAUCCAGGAAGCCAAGAAGAACUUGACGGGCAAUGGACACCACCACUCCGAUGCCAUCAGUGUCCUCUCUGAAGGUUCAGAGUCUAGUACAGUUGAAAUCCACAUUUCCAGCGAGCUACAAGACUAUGAGGAUGUAGAGGCUGAUGGAGAAUCCUUGGAGAACUCUGUGAGGCACUAGCUGGGGUCAACAACAAACCUCCCUCCACUUCUGCGGUGUGACAUUGCUUUUAGUUAUUUCUGUUUUAGAUUGUGUACUCUUAGCCUCUUGAGACUUCCUCCAGAUGUUAACUGGUCACAGGAUUUCAUGAAUUGGUAUGACUGAUUAAGUUGAAUUUUUGAUUCCAAGCCUUUUGCUUUUCACUAAGCUUUUAAAAGCUGUCUGCAGUACAGUGUAGUGUUACUUUGCAGACCCAUCAAAUGUACAUCAACAGUCCCAAAACAACUGCACAGUCUCAUGUAGCAGUCAAAACAAACAUUUUCUUACUAAUAACACACGUUGAGCUUUCUAUGAACUGGACGUUAAGCUCCUAUGGCACAGCAGAAUGUAAUAAGUUAAUAGGUGUCUUUUUUAUGUCACUGUAUUUCCAACUGUCUAUCUUGUGUUUUUGCACAUUUAUUUUAUUCUGUAUUAAAUAUCCAAAAUAUUCUAAAGAA